AUGGCCGGUUCAUCUCGGCACUCCGUUGCACUUGCUCCCCCACCUUCCUCCUCACAAACCCCUCUUGCCUCUGCUUUCCUCCUUUCCUCCUUUCCUCCUCAACCGCAAAACACCAUCACUGUUCAACACCAUUCUUCUCGCCCACCCACUUGCUUCACUGAAACCCUCCGCUUCUCGUACUCUGCUGGCGCUACUGCAACUGUUUGCGCGCGCGCGUCGGCAUCGCAUCCUUCCCUCAUCUACACACAUCCACUGCAUACGAACAAAGUGGAGAAACCUAUCAAAAUAGCGACACCAAAACAAUCCUUCGUCGCGCGCGAGCCAAGUAUACAAAAUGGCCAUGAAACAUUUACCACCGCACCAGUUCCUCCUCGCCCCGCCUUUACUCGCGCACAAAAACAAUCGCCACCGGAAUACGAGUUCAUAGUAAACAUGAACAAUACUUACCGAGGUUCACCGUACCCUUCAGCCUCAGGGUCAACAACCCACACAUCCAUAAACGGCCUUUCCGUCCUCUUUCCAUCCACAUCUCUCGGCACGCACUAUGCCAUUCCCCGCAUUUCCCGCAGACGCGAGACGGAAUUCACCGUUAUCGGAAGGCGGGUACUCACUAGAGCCCAAUAA